AGGUUUUGAAGUGAGGCAAGGCUUGGCUGAGAGGAUACAGAAAAAGUCUGGAAGGACUGGGAAGAAAAAGGGGGAAAGGAAGAGAAAAGGGGCUCCCUGGGGUUUGAAGUGAGAAUAAAGGAAAAGUCUGGAAGGAGGGAAGCAACAAAGGAGGAUGAAAUGCCUCCAUGGGGCUUGGAAGUGAGACAAGGCUGGGUCUGUGUGUGUGUUAAGGAAAGACUGACCAAGCGUCCUCCUUUUCUAGGACACAGCCCUCCAUUUCCUCCUUGUAAAGGAAUUCCUAAAAAAAAAGGACUCCAUUUGGAGCACUCCCAAGAACCAUCCAUUUUAUAUUAUAAUGAGUGUAUUUAGUUGUUGUUAUUUUUUUUAAAUGUGGUCACCUCCCUACAUAUAUUUUGUUUCCUCCAGACAUAUUUAAAGCGGUGCCAAACCGGGUUAUCCCUCCAGUGUGGAUGCAGCCAUUGUGUCUCUUGGCAGGAGGAAAGGGGCCUUUGAGAGGAAGUAGGAAGGGAACAUCUCUGUUUUCAAACAGCUUUGUUUUUGAAACAACAGACAACCAUUCAGCCUGCCCAGAGAUCUCACAGCAUGGCCACAGCUUGGAGGGAUUGGAGAUGGGCCCCAAAAAUGAUAUUUCCCCCUUUAGCAGUUUCAUUUCGACAAUCAGCCAAAAGAAAGAUGAUUCUGGAAGUGAAAGUCCACCUACACAGUUUGUUAUUUCAGAUAUAAAAAAUGCAAAAGAACCUCCAUCCCUUGGCCAUGACGUUAGACAAAAGCAGCGUACCUCAGUGGAUAUACCCCCAGCAGAAAUGAAAGUUUCAGUCUCUCCACAACCUCCUCUUCUAACCCAAACAAAAACUCUUAAAGACUUCCAGGAAGACAUAGAAAAAGCUAAAUUAACAGGAGAAUGGAAAACAGUGUAUGAUUUUUAUUCAACAACAUUUGAUUCUUUUUUGGAAAUCAAUACUGCAUUUAAGAAAUGCAUGGAUGUUCCUUUUAAUUCCAUUGAUGAUUGUGGCGUGGAUACUAAAUUUGUGAAUGAGGUUUAUGACACCUUACUCAGUGCACCUCAAGAUAUCCAGAAAUGUAUCCUUAAAGGAGUAAUUAAUGGAUUAUUACAGGAAUGGAAAGGACCACGAACAAAAGAUGAUCUUAGAGCAUAUUUUAUACUUCUACAGAAUCCUCUGUUUAGUAACACAUCAACGUAUGUCAUUUAUGCUCACUUGCUAAGACAGAUUGCUGCCUUAACUGAAGGCGAUCAUCACUUCCUAAUUCACUGGUUUAAAAAGAUGUCACAGAAGAGAUUCAAGCAGGUGAUAGAGAGGCUCCUCCAGUUUAUCUCCUUACGUCUGUUUCCUGCAAAACCUGAAGAGUUACCUCUUAUGGAAAAGUGUACCUGGUGGAUUCCAUCAGCAGCCAAAGUCUUGUCUUUAUUUAAUGCUUCAAAUAGUCUAGUUAACCCUCCUGUUAUUCCAUAUACGGAUUUCUAUAAUUCCACAUUAGAUCAUAUUGAUCUCAUGGAAGAAUAUCAUAAUUGGCAAUGUUAUGGAAAUUCUCAUAGGUUUUCCUUUUGCCAAUAUCCUUUCAUUAUUUCUAUAGCAGCCAAAAAGAUAAUUAUUCAAAGGGAUUCAGAACAACAGAUGAUAAAUAUUGCACGGCAAAGCCUUGUGGACAAAGUGUCUCGGAGGCAAAGACCUGAUAUGAAUAUGUUGUUCCUAAAUGUCAAAGUGAGAAGGAUGCACCUAGUUAGUGAUUCAUUGGAUGAGCUGACAAGGAAGAGAGCAGAUUUGAAAAAGAAAUUGAAAGUCACAUUUGUAGGCGAAGCUGGUCUUGAUAUGGGUGGCUUAACAAAAGAAUGGUUUCUUCUUCUAAUUCGUCAGAUUUUUCAUCCAGACUAUGGCAUGUUUACAUAUCAUAAGGACUCUCACUGUCAUUGGUUUAGCAGCUUGAACUGUGAUAAUUACUCUGAAUUCCGAUUGGUUGGAGCUCUUAUGGGGCUUGCUGUCUAUAAUAGUAUCACCUUGGAUAUUCGAUUUCCACCAUGCUGCUAUAAAAAGCUGCUUAGUCCUCCUAUUGUGCCAUGUGACCAGAGUACACCUGUAGGAAUCAGCAGUGUUACUAUUGAAGACCUGUUUCAGGUUAUGCCGGAGCUGGCUCAUGGACUGAAUGAGCUUCUGUCUUAUGAAGGGAAUGUUGAAGAAGACUUUUAUUCAACUUUCCAGGUUUUUCAAGAAGAAUUCGGAGUCAUAAAAUGUUACAACCUAAAGUCCAAUGGAGAUAAAAUUCCAGUUACCAAUCAGAAUAGAAAAGAAUAUGUGCAGCUUUAUGUGGAUUUCCUUCUCAACAAAUCAAUCUACAAGCAGUUUGCAGCAUUUUAUUACGGAUUUCACAGUGUCUGUGCAUCAUAUGCAUUGAUGCUGCUUCGUCCUGAAGAGGUUGAAAUUCUAGUUUGUGGAAGCCCUGAACUGGACAUGCAUGCUCUCCAAAAGCACACACAGUAUGAUGGCUAUCAGAAAACUGAUGUCACAAUCCGGUACUUUUGGGAAGUAGUGCUUGAAUUUCCACUUGAGCUUCAAAAGAAGCUCUUACAUUUUGCUACGGGAAGUGACAGAGUACCUGUAGGGGGACUGGCUGACUUGAAUUUCAAGAUUUCAAAGAGUGAAGCAUCCACAAACUGGUUACCUGUUGCCCACACUUGCUUCAAUCAACUCUGCCUGCCUCCUUACAAGACCAAAAAGGAGCUGAAGCAAAAGUUGACAAUUGGAAUUUCAAAUGCAGAAGGCUUUGGUUUAGAAUGAGAAUGAGAAGACCAGAA